AUGGCUUCAUUGCUUGAUCUACCACCAGAGAUACUUUGGCAUAUCAUUUCAUCCUUUAAUCACAAUGACUUGUCUAUCGUGCGACUUUCAUGUAAAAAGCUACGACAUUUUUGUGAUCAUCCAUCUCAUUGGCGUACGCUAUCACUAAAACCUUCACCAACAACAACGAGCAACAAGGGUGGAGAAAACAGCAUGGAUCUAUGGCAGCUUCACGAAUUGGAACGGUUGAUUGGACCUCAUGUCGCUCACAUCCAAACAAUCCAAAUUUGGGGUGUACGUGAUCACAUUGUGCGGUAUUUGUUGACACAUUGCACACAAUUAUUGGAUCUUACUGUGUGUGGGUGGACAACGCUCUCAAAUCACGCCUUCAAUCCCAAAAAGAUGAUGCGUUUACGUCGCUUGGAGCUUAUUGGUGCUGUUCAACAACCAAAUUAUGCGGGCGUCGAUGCUCGUGUACUCUGCCAGCUCUUACGCCAAUGCCCUGAUUUGCAAUCAUUAGCUUUGGGAUGUCAGAUCCAUAUUCAUGCACGCACUUUACUCAAGGAACUAAAGAAAGCAUCAACGUCAUCAUCAUCACCCCCACCGGCACAAAAGCUUACAUCAUUAACCCUUGCCACAAGACGCACGUGGUCGCAAAGGCAUGUUGCCGAGUUGAUGGAAAGAUGUCCUGCAUUGGAACGAGUGUAUCUAUUACCAGCAGCAGCCAAGGGAUUUGAUUUGAAAAAGGAUCAUCAAGAGCAAUGGUCUAUGACCGAAAAGCGACAGGUAGCUGUGGAACCUUCAUCGGAUAGCGAGGACGACCAUGAUGCAGACCUGGCAAUGGAUAUGGUUGUUUUACGAUCCAGCCUUCAAACCUCCCCACGAGUAGCUUAG